AUGGACGAGUAUGGCGGGCCGGCGCCGCCCCGGCCGCCCAAGACGAGCGGCGCGCGCGUGCACCGGCCGGCGGGCCCGGGCCGCGCCGCGCCCGUGUCGCUGCUGCGGCCGCGGCCCCAGGCCGAGCGGGAGCCCAACGCGUACGUGGAGGCCCCGCGGCGCGCGCUCGCCCCGCCCGCGCCCCGCGCGCCGCCCGCGCAGCCCCUCAAGCCGGUGACGAGCCAGCCGGCGGUGGGCGCGGAGUCGAUCCUGUGCGCCGGGUGCGGGCGGUGCCGCUGCGAGCAGUGCGCCCGGCCGCGGCCGCUGCCGUCCCGCUGGCUGUGCGGCUCGUGCCUGUGCAGCGCGGAGGCGUGCGUGGACUACGCGUCGUGCAUGUGCUGCGCCAAGGCGCUGUUCUACCACUGCGGGAGCGGCGAGGAGGAGGCGGCGGGCGCGUGCGGGCCGCGGCUGGCCGUGCUGGCGGCGCUGGCCGUGCCGCUGCCCUGCCUGUGCCUCUACUGGCCGCUGCGCGCGCUGUCGUCGCUGUGCGCGUCGCUGUACGCCCGCGCGCGCCGGCCCGGCUGCCGCUGCGCGCCGCCCUCCUCCUCCAGUAUUAUCUAG